AUGGAUGCGGACGUCGCACCCAGGUUCAAGGUGGGGGACACGGUCACGGCCCUCAACGUGAACCCGGUGUCCCAUACCCGGCUGCCGCGCUACAUCCGGGGCAAGACCGGAACGAUUGCGCGCGAUCAUGGCGUUUUCGCAUUUCCGGAUACGUCGGCCGCAUCGGGCACCCACAGCGACCCUCAGCAUGUCUACAGCGUGCGCUUCGAAGGGAGCGAGCUCUGGGGCGACCACGCCAACGCGAACGCCAGCGUCUAUAUCGACCUCUUCGACGAUUACCUCGAUAGCGCAUGA